AUGUCAGGGAAUUACGACUACCCACCUGCCUCUUCUCGCCGCUCAUCUCGCCCCAGUGGUCCCGAACCGCCUAUCCCCGAAUCCCUCCCUCAACGUGUCCAACGAAUCAUCGACGCUCUCAGUGAGCGUAACGACGAACCAGAACUAGACUCGGACCAGAACAACUCGCAUGGUGUCUUCCGAACUAGUCUGCAUCAGAUUCUCGAUGAUCUCGCUCCCGAUCUUAUUGCCCAGAGCAUACAUGAGGGUUUAGAGACCCCGCGCGAAAGUCAUUCCACUCCACCACCCCGGCCUUCACGAGAUAGUCUGCUCUACCUCCGAAAUUUGAUACACUCAGAGAGUAACAACUCGAAUCCUGGCGAUACCGAUCGUGCAUUGCAAACACUGAAUCAGGAGAUUGAAGAACAUCGGCUCGAUACAGUCCGCCAACUCACCCACGCCGAACAAUCCCGGGCCACAGUCCAGCAACAGCUUCAGCAGUUAACAUCAGACGUGACAAGCCCUUCUCGCAGACAUACGCCCGGUAGAGGAAUUUUGGAUCGACUCCGCCCCGAGCGACCACCGUCAACUUUGAGUCCCGCUUCGUUAACCCAGGAACCCCGCUCAACGAACAGACUGAUUAGACGCCGCUCGUUCAGGUCUGAUUUCAGAGGGAUUGAUCCGAGCAAUCUCACAGCACCAGUUCCUACACCGUCCCUCAUGCCGCAGCCCGCGCACACAAACCGUGAUGGCCGUGAUGGCCGGGCGAGGUUGAAGCGACGAAAGUUGGACACCGACGACAACCGUGAGGGAAUGAGGGGCUUUAACUACGGACAGUAUGGCCAAGUAGUUCCCGGGGCACUGAAGAUGGAACUUGCCAGUUGUGAUGGGGGCAUUUAUGACCCGGACGGCGACUGUUCAUUCCCGGAGAAUAUUCUCCGGAACGACAGUUCGGUCUACUGUACCAAGUCCGACCGCUGCAACCUGGUUCUACGACAUCAAGGCGAGGCUCCCUUCUGCCUGAAGAAGCUUGUCAUUAAAGCUCCUCGAAAUGGAUAUGAUUCCCCUAUCCAAGAAGGCAUGGUUUUCGUCUCGAUGACAUCGGACGAACUACUCGCCCGCACUGCCCAAUACCAAAUCCAAUAUUCAAGCGUCCACCGCCGCCAACGCCGCCGACGAAUGCGUGCCUUGCCCUCCCAAGAGUACCUCAAUUCGUUCCGCACACCCUUGCAAUCUCUAGAACGCACCUUUCGCAUAACAACAGACUACCACGAGAACUCCGAAGACAGCGUCUUCCACGACCAAGAUGACUCCAACGAGGACAUCGCCGAACUACAACGACUGGAAAAUGAAGAAGACCCCCUCUGCUCCGACACCGACGAGAGCGUCAGUGAAGACGACGACGAAGAAGAGGAAGAAGAGAGAACCGGCCUGACCGAUAACAACCGCCGCCUCCGCGAACUAUCGCGCCGCGCCGGCUUCAUGCGACGAGGCUGGUCCGGGUCCGAACCGCGACGCCAAGGCCAACCUAGCCUCAUCGACCCGAUCCCGCCCCCGCCCGUUGGAUCUGGAUCUGCAUCGGGAUCUGGGCCUGGGCCUAGCGGGGCAGGCGGGGCCGAAGUAAUGAAGCCUCAUGCGCGAUUCUUUAUCGAGAGGGAGAAGAGUAUGGUUAGCAUCAAGUUUGAUCCUCCUCCGUCCGGCCGCUUCAUCCUAAUCAAACUCUGGAGUCCACGCAACGCCGACAACAUCGAUAUCCAAAGUAUCAUAGCGCACGGGUACGCUGGACCACGAUUCUUUCCCAGCGGCGGGUUCCGCUAA